GAUUACACAAUAUAAGGAUCAGGUAAAAGCUUUUUUGACAAAAUUUUAAAGCAUCUGAGCACUGUCAAACAAGAAUUUCGAUUGUGGCUAAUGACUAUGGGCGAUCACAAUAACCUUCAAGUGGGUAAAGAAACACCGGCUUCAGACACAAAGUCAAGGUGGCUUAAUACUUUCUGUUUCUACAUCUUUGGUUUUUUCACCUACUUCAGCGUAGAAAUGUUCGUCAUAGGAACGCAGGAUAUCCUGAGCGGCAGGAACAUUCCGACCGCUAUUUUGAUCACUUGCUUUGAAGGUCCUUUAGUGAUGUCCAAACUAGUCAUUCCUUGGUUUCAGGAGAAGAUUCCCUACGUGGUGAAGGCGUUCUUUAUCGCAUUCUUUAUGAUUCUUGGAUUGUCUAUAGUCGUUUUCGCAAACGACUUCAGAGUGAAAAUUUUAGGAGUCGGGCUAAACGCCAUGGCUGCUGGAGCUAACGAAGCCACCUUCCUUGCGCUGGCUUCGUUCUACCCAAAGCUAUGUAUCAGCGCGUUCGUCUCUGGUACUGGAUCGGGUUGUCUGAUUGCCGCUCUUUACUACAUGGCUCUCACGACUUGGACUUGCUUAUCUCCUAAGACCACCAUGAUGAUAACAAUUCCCCUUCCUCUGGCAGUUUUGAUCUUUUACGCAUUGCUGAACAAAGAAUUUCUCCCAAACAGCUCUCAAAGCAGCCCCAUGAAGCUCAAACACGUUAAAUACUCCACUGUAGGAUCCACUUCUGACACCAUGGAUCAGGAUGCGCCAACUCGCCAAAAACUAACAUGUGGCGAAAUGCUUAACAUCGCAUGGAAAAUUAGUUCAGUUGGUAUUUCUCUAUUGUUGAGUUUUUCUGCUGAGUAUAUCUCAACGGUAUCCGUGCUUACGACGAUUUCUUUUCCUAAGUCACAAUUUCUCCCCCGCGAUCAUUUCCUUAUUUAUCUGCUGUCGUACUACAUCGGUAGAUUUGUCGGUCGAAGCUAUUUACUUUUAUUUGCUUGGCUGCCUUCUGAUAUGACGGAAUUCCUUCGCUGCAAUAAAACCUGGAUUUUCACAAUGCUGCAGUUGGUGCAACUGACGUUCUUAAUAUUGGAUUCGUUGUACCAUUUCGUCCCGUACAUCUGGAUAAUAAUCUGUGUUUGUUCAUCUCUUGGUCUAAUCGGCGGAAUAAUAAGCAUGAACGCACCCCAUGCAGUUGGGCAGCACGAUAAAUCCGAGGAGAAAGAGUUUGCUUUAGGACUGGUGUCAGUUGGUUCAUCUAUGGGUAUAUUAGUGGGUGCCCUGAUUGGCCUGGCUGUGGAAUCGAGUCUUAGAAAGCAUUGUGUCGAGCAUUACCCAGACACCAAAGAGUUCUGCUUCACAAGAUAUCAAGACACCACUGGCUGGGAAACUAAUAUUCACUGUUAAAGCCUGUUAUAUAUUCUGACGCUUUGGAGCAUACGCGCUCUUAAAGCCAAAGCCAACCAGCUAAACAAACAACCUAACUGACCAAUAGACAAAGGUCCAAUCAAAACUUCGUUUGUAUUAAUUUUUAUGAGAGAGAAUGUCAUCACGAAAUUUAUGUGUUUUCCGUCAACAAAGACGUUUUUUUGUUCGCCAGACCACUCAGUGAUGUUUUUUAGGUUGAGCGCAUGAUGAUCAGAUGAUGAUCGUUCUCUCAUCGGCAAGCCUGCUUUAGCAAGUGAAUUCUUUGAAAUCCUACAUUGCUGAAACAGAAUGAAUUUUGGGUCUAUUUGCAUUAGAUUGUGGGUUCCGAGAAAAAAAAAAUUUUAUAAUCGAGUGAAGUUUCUGAUACUUACGAGAAUCAUCUUCAGAUGUGUAAAACUGAGGCUUGUGUCUAAGUUGCGUGCAGUUGGUAUGUUUUCACAAGACAUCACAAAAGAGGUUUCUUAGGGCCAGACUCAGCAAAGUGCUUUUCACGCGCGCUAGUUGGUUAGUAUGGAAGUGAUUUGCAGUCUUAUUUACCACUGGGCAGCCGAAGACCAUUUCUCGGGGUAUCGACAGAUAUAAACUAAUGUUUUGGUUUC